GGGUCCUGGUCCUGCCGCUUCUUCUACCGUCAGCUGGAUGUCAAAUCACAAUGUCCCCUGUGACAUCCCCAAGCCGGGCUCCGUCGACGAGUUCGUCAAGAAUGGCAAGAAGAAGAAGUCCUUCAUGUCCAGCAUCUUCCGCAAGAAAGGGAGGAGCUCGGACAAGAAGCUGCUCUCGCGGAAGGACAUCGUCUUCGAUUUGGAGGAGAAAUGCGGCGGGAGGACGGAGCUCCUGGACGCGUCCCCUGCUGUCCGCAAGAGCUUCUCAGAUCGCCAUUGCACGACGCGGAUCGAGAGCCUGAGCCUGAGUUGCCUGGAUUCACCCAGUAGGCCCAAUAUCGAUACCCGGGAAUACCGGGUGUUUGUAGGCACAUGGAAUGUGGGAGGGAAGCCUCCUGACAGCAGCCUUAACCUUGAAGAGUUUCUACAGAUUGAAGGAUUGCCCGAUAUAUAUGUCUUGGGGUUUCAGGAGAUCGUCCCUCUGAACGCGGGUAACGUGCUGGUUGUGGAGGACAACGAGCCGGCGGCCAAGUGGUUGGGCCUCAUCUACCAGGCCCUGAACAAGCCGCCGCCCCAGGACGGCCAGUCCUCCGGCGACGAGCUCUCGCCGCCGGAAUCCGCCUCCUCCCAGAGCCGGCAGAGCACCACCCGCGACGCCAACAGCUCCAUCCCCAAGUCCUCCAGCGGCGGCCUGCUCUUCUUCCAGAAGCCGUCCCUCAAGAUUCUCAGCAAGAACUACCGCGUCGACAGCGCGCUGGUGAAGACCUGCACCUGCAUGUCUGACCCGUCCACCAUGCAGCGCCGGGCGCGGGAGAUGCGCGAGUUCAUCUACCGCGUCGAGGCCGCCUCGCCGGGCCGCGGCGCCGCCGAGGAUGACGCGCCACCACUCGAAGGUGGCGACCUGAGGAGCGGCGGCAUGAACUACUGCCUCAUCGCCAGCAAGCAGAUGGUCGGCAUCUUCCUGUCGGUGUGGGUGCGGCGGGAGCUCGUGCAGUACAUCGGUCACCUCAGGGUGGACUGCGUCGGCAGAGGCAUCAUGGGCCGCCUCGGGAACAAGGGGUGCAUCGCGAUGAGCAUGACGCUGCACCAGACGAGCAUCUGCUUCGUGUGCUGCCACCUGGCGUCCGGUGAGAAGGAAGGCGACGAGGUGAGGAGGAACUCCGACGUGGCCGAGAUCCUCAAGAGCACGCAGUUCCCGCGCAUCUGCAAGGUGCCGGGCCAGCGGAUCCCCGAGAAGAUCAUUGACCACGACCGGAUCAUAUGGCUUGGGGAUCUGAAUUACCGAGUCGCGUUGAGCUACGAGGAGACGAAGACGCUGCUAGAGGAGAAUGAUUGGGAUACCUUGCUCGAGAAAGAUCAGUUGAUGAUUGAGAGACAAGCAGGAAGGGUGUUCAAGGGGUGGAAGGAGGGCAAGGUCUACUUCGCGCCGACGUACAAGUACACGCAGAACUCCGACGCAUACGCAGGGGAGACCGCGAAAUCGAAGAAGAAACGGCGAACGCCGGCAUGGUGUGACCGGAUACUGUGGCACGGGCAGGGGAUCGAGCAGCUGCAGUACAUCAGAGGCGAGUUCAAGUUGUCCGAUCACAGGCCGGUCUGCAGCGUGUUUGUGAUCGAGGCCGAUGUAGAUAAUGGGAGCAAGAUCAGGAAGGGUUACUCAACUCUUGACGCCAGGGUCCAUUGCGAGUCCCCUGGGAGGAUACCGAAGAGACACAGCUUCUACGAUGAUUUUUGACCUGUGACAGUGUUUUUUGUCUGUACUAUAGUUUACAUGUGUACUAUAGCUUACAAAGACCAGAGAUGUUUGUAGUUACAGGGCUGAAAUUUUCAAGCCUAGCACUUGUCUUGUACCAAGUGGUAUACUAACUGAAAGUAAAUGAUGGCUACUGACCAAAAUACAAGUGAACAAUGGGUUUUCACCAACAGGUGCCAGUGAGAAGUGUCUGUGACCUAAAUCACUCUAAACUUUGGUUUGUUUUUGCUGUUAAGUUCAGUUCCAACAGAAAAGAUACAGGUAGUUCAAUUUAGGAAAAAAAAAACAUUGGAUAUAGCAGAA